CCUCUUUCCUGUCUGGGCCUGUUCCCUAGCUCCCUGGACAAGCUUAAGCUGCUGUUUUCCAGCUUGUCAUGUGCUCCUUAUGACAGUGUAGCCACAGCUUGAUCUGGGGGAUUGCUGACUGAGCAAGCUGAGUGGCUGCCCCUCAGAAUCUUCUGUUAGGCCUUUCUCUUGCCUUCUUUUAUUCACAACUGAUGACACUGCAUAUUUUCCCCUGUUCUUAUUGGGAGAAGGCCUUGUGUGUCACCAAGAGGUUCUCAGAAGGGACCUGUCAGUUUUUGGUUAAAAGAACCCGGAAAGAGAAGGACUGUGGGGGAACUGAUGGCGUUCCUGUUACCUCUCAUCAUUGUGUUAAUGGUGAAGCACAGCGAUUCCCGGUCCACACUGCCUUUAUGAGCUGUGACACUCAUGGCGAAGGUCUGCAGCUUCACUCCUGAAGCCAGCGAGACCACGAGCCCACCGGGAAGAACGAACAACUCCAGACACACCGCCUUUAGAGUUGUAACACUCACUGCGAAGGUCUGCAGCUUCACUCCUGAGCCAGCGAGACCACCAACCCAACAGAAAGAAGAAACUCCGAACACAUCCGAAUAUCAGAAGGAACAAACUCCAGAUGCGCCACCUUAAGAGCUGUAACACUCACUGCGAGGGUCCGCGGCUUCAUUCUUGAAGUCAGUGACACCAAGAACCCACCAAUUCUGGACACACCACCACCCAUAAUGCCACCUUGAAACCACUUUGUCUCCAUCAGGCCCUAAGCUUCUUGGACAAGCUGAGAGAAGUUCAAUGUGGGAGCAGCAGGGAGGGCCAAACAGUUUUCUUUCAUUUUGGUUUACUUUUAACCCUUAUUACAAUCCUUAUAACUAGGACGCACUCUCUGAGAUAUUUUCGCCUGGGCGUUUCGGAUCCCAUCCAUGGGGUCCCUGAAUUUAUUUCGGUUGGGUACGUGGACUCGCACCCUAUCACCACAUAUGACAGUGUCACUCGGCAGAAGGAGCCACGGGCCCCAUGGAUGGCAGAGAACCUCGCGCCUGAUCACUGGGAGAGGUACACUCAGCUGCUGAGGGGCUGGCAGCAGAUGUUCAAGGUGGAACUGAAGCGCCUGCAGAGGCACUACAAUCACUCAGGGUCUCACACUUACCAGAGAAUGAUUGGCUGUGAGCUGCUGGAGGAUGGAAGCACCACAGGAUUUCUGCAGUAUGCAUAUGACGGGCAGGAUUUCCUGAUCUUCAAUAAAGACACCCUUUCCUGGCUGGCUGUAGAUAAUGUGGCUCACACCAUCAAGCAGGCAUGGGAGGCCAAUCAGCAUGAGUUGCUGUAUCAAAAGAAUUGGCUGGAAGAAGAAUGUAUUGCCUGGCUAAAGAGAUUCCUGGAGUAUGGGAAAGACACCCUACAAAGAACAGAGCCCCCACUGGUCAGAGUAAAUCGCAAAGAAACUUUUCCAGGGGUUACAGCUCUCUUCUGCAAAGCUCAUGGCUUUUACCCCCCAGAAAUUUACAUGACAUGGAUGAAAAACGGGGAAGAAAUUGUCCAAGAAAUUGAUUAUGGAGACAUUCUUCCCAGUGGGGAUGGAACCUAUCAGACGUGGGCAUCAGUUGAGCUUGAUCCUCAGAGCAGCAACCUUUACUCCUGUCAUGUGGAGCACUGCGGUGUCCACAUGGUUCUUCAGGUCCCCCAGGAAUCAGAAACUAUCCCUCUUGUGAUGAAAGCUGUCUCUGGGUCCAUUGUCCUUGUCAUUGUGCUGGCUGGAGUUGGUGUUCUAGUCUGGAGAAGAAGGCCCCGAGAGCAAAAUGGAGCCAUCUACCUUCCAACACCAGAUCGAUGAUUGCAGAUCCCUCUUUUCCAGUUCUCCUUCCCCUAGGAGCCAUGUUCUCCUCUGUCCCCCAUAGAGUCAAGCCUAGUGCUUGAAGGUCCUGACGACACCCACAACAUACAUGAGAGUAAUGGGAUUGAGCAUUUAUGGCAGCAACAGAGGAGCCACAAAAUGUUCUUUGUUCUUUGGCUCCAAAAAGACUGUCAGCUUUCAGUCUCUUUUGAUGGACUGUUUUAUCAGAGUUGACUUUAAAUACAGCUUGUCUCAUGACACAACGCUUCCCUACAUUCUAUUUGUCAAUGAUGAUUUGCAACUAGUUGGAGAUUCUCAGAGCAGGAAGGAAUCUUUUCAACCAGAGCAGGAACUGUCUUCUGCAAUGCCUUGGACUUGAGCCUCCAGCCUCCACUUGAACACCAUGUGAAGGGAACCUCAGUACUUCAUAAAAUGGCCUUUCUCAUUCAUCUUUCAUGGGAACAUUUAUUGUACAAGCGCUUUGAAUAUCAUGGGCACCAUGACUAUGACCCUACAGGUAGGAAUGGAUCACUCCAUGAGAGUAGCCGGCAGAUUUCUACAAUGGCCUGGGAAUGGACUGAUUAUUUUUAUACAUUUUCUGGCCUGAGAGAAAGCCAAAGUCCCCUGCUGUUCACAGCAACCCUGCCUGGGAGCUUGGAAUCUUGGUAAUCUGCCCGGUUGGAUCUAUGGAGGUAGUCUCACCCUUUUUGUCUUUUGUGGGAAAUUAAGAGAAAUAAUUAUCAGACAUAUCAUCAACUCCAGUGGAACUACAGAGACCUGGACCCAGCUGCACCAUUUUAAUGUAAAAAUAACAGUAUGGCCAGGUUCAGUGGCUCACGCCUGUAAUCCCAUCACUUUGAUCAGCCAAGGUGGGCGGAUCACGAGGUCAGGAGAUUAAGACCAUCCUGGCCAAUAUGGUGAAACCCUGUCUCUACUAAAAUACAAAAAAUUAGCUGGGCAUGGUGUUGCGUGCCUGUAGUCCCAGCUACUUGGGAGGCUGAGACAGGGGAAUUGCUUGAACCCGGGAGGCAGAGAUUGCAGUGAGCCAAGAUCACGCCACUGCACUCCAGCCUGGCGACAGAGUGAGACUCUAUCUCAAAAUAAUAAUAAUAAUAAUAAUAAUAACAGUAUAUUUGGUGUCAGGAGAGGGCUCAAUUCUCAUUUCUGCCUUUCCUGUGCUGGCUCAUGGUAGCUGGGCAUGACUUGCCUUCCUACAUAGGUUGUCUUCAUACAUAUGCACUGGGAAUCAAUAAAAGCCCACGGUGAGAAUGAA